UAGGCCCUCAGCACGUGUUCUCAUCUCUCUCUCUCUCUCUCUCUCUCUCUCUCUCUGCGGGAGCGUCUAUGUCGAAGGAAGCUGAAAUGGGGAGCUCAUCCAAGGGCGAGUCAGGCAGCGACGGCGACAAUUCGAGCGGCGGCGGCAACCCUCCCAACUCCGCCUCCACUGUCUUCUCCGAGGGGGAGAAGGUCCUCGCCUUCCACGGCCCCCGGAUCUACGAGGCCAAGGUUCAAAAGGCUGAGGUUCGGAAGAAUGAAUGGAGAUACUUUGUUCACUACCUUGUAAGUAGUUUAUUUUGGGAUGAAUGGGUAGGCCCAGAGCGUCUAAUGAAAUAUACUGAGGAAAAUAUCUUGAAGCAGCAAGUUCUUGAUAAGAAACAAGGCGUAGACAAGAACCCAAAGUCAGGUCGUAUGAUUCAGAGUAAGCCAAAAAGCAUUACCGAUGCGAAAGUCGAUAAGGAGGAUGUUAAGAGCACUGUGACGAAAGGCAAGAAGCGAAAGAGUGAAGCUGGCGUUGAGAAAGACAAUGAAUCAGUGGAGAAGCCUGUCAAGAUUCAAAUUCCAUCAGCAUUAAGGAAGCAACUUGUUGAUGACUGGGAAUUUGUUACUCAGAGGGAUAAGCUUGUUAAACUUCCCCGUUCUCCGAGUGUUGAUGAUAUUUUCACAAAUUACUUGGAAUACAGGUCCAAGAAGGAUGGCAUGAUGACCGACUUAAUAGGAGAAAUCUUGAAAGGAUUGCGUUGUUACUUUGACAUAGCAUUGCCCGUGAUGCUCUUGUACAAAAAGGAGCGCCAACAGUAUCGCGAAGCAGUUGUAGAUGACAUCUCUCCAUCAACUAUUUACGGUGCUGAACAUCUCCUGAGGCUUUUUGUAAAGCUGCCCGAGUUAUUGGCUCAUGUGAACAUUGAAGAGGAAACCUUGACGCGGUUGCAGCAGAAGCUGCUCGACUUUCUCAAGUUCCUACAGAAGAACCAAAGCACCUUCUUCCUCUCUGCAUAUGAAGGGUCCAAAGCUUCAGAAGGGAAAGGAAAGAGGAAAGAUGAGUGAGCAUCGCCGGAGCAUCCACUGCUCCGUUCCCUACCAUUUCCAAUUAAUCAGGGGAUGCCAUCGGUUAACAACUCUGAUACCGUGGAAUUCUCUGCCCAUUAAAAGCCGGAAGAAUUCCUUUGCCUGUGCUGUUGUGACAUUAGCAUUGACUAGUCCAUUCUUUCUUUUAUGAUCUGCUUCCCCCUGUAGUGAAGUGGGGGGAUAGUUGGUGAAUUACCGGUAUAUGAUUCAUUCGGCGCGUUCUUACGCUGACCAUCGUUUCUUUCUCAGACAAGACCAACUGUCGGGGUAUUUCGGAUUCGUCGAGACUCACUAUUGUACUUGACAAGAACCUCGAGACUCCCAACAAUCGAUAAGAAAAAAACACAAUUUACCUCAUCAA